AUGACGUCAGCGCAGGGAGCCGGAGAUAAACAAAGGGAGGAAGCCGACGUCGUUUGUCAUUCUGAAGCAUCUCAGAAUCCCGUCGACUGCUUGCCAAAUGAAAUCCUAUGGAAGAUAAUUGGUUUUCUGUCGUUAGAAGACUUGUGUUAUCUGGCUGUAUGCAGCAAGACAUGGAGGAACGUUACCAACACCAACAGCCUCUGGCUUCAUCUUUGUAAGCUGAGAGAUUGGGAGCGUUUUGGUACGGAAGUAGAUCUCCGCAAAGAGACGCCAAUCCACUCUACAGGGACCAGCACCAGUGGUACCAGUCCAACCUUUCAGACUGAUUCGGUCAUUAAUGACGACUGUAACCUGAAGGAUCUUGCACCAACCUGUGAAUGGAAGGAGGUGUACAUGAGAGCUUGGCAUCUGGACAGGAACUGGUCUGAGGGGCGUUACCAGGAGCACAGUCUUGUGUUGUCCGACUCAGGGUCUGACUUUAAUAAUGCGACAACAAGAUGUGUAGCAAGUGAUGGCACGAUAUUUGGGGCCGGUGAUACUACCGAGUAUGUGGGACUCUGGGAGUUGAAAAGUGGACAAUUUCUGCAGAAGAUUCAACCCUCCAAAUAUAUCCCCUUACCACGAACAUCUUAUAAUGAGAUAGAAGCUAUGACCAUGAAGGAUAACAUAGGGGUGGCUGCUUUCAUGGGAGGUAUUCUGGUAUUUGAAGCCAGCACGGGCAAUGUUUUGAAACUGAUCCGGGGUACGGCGAGUGACUUUGAUAGAUACAAGCCGUCUGGUCUGUACAUGGAAGAAGACAAAGUCAUUGUAUCAUACAGGCAUUACCAGAGGGCGGAUAACGAUGAAGUAACUGUUUAA